GGCUGCUAUCAGCUCCCGUACUUCUCGCGCAGCAUCUAUACGAUAUGUCGCAUGCUCUCCAUCGGUCAACCUACCCUGGAGCUGUGAAGAGCUCCAACUGCGGCUCUUUUCGCUGUCCUUCAAGAUCUGGGCGUAUGAGCUGCUGACAUGAUUACAGUGCUGCGAGGAAGUACAGCUUUUUCUUGGGCCAUAUAUCACGAGGCCUAGGCCAAGCAUACCUAGGUAUUUUCUUUUUCAUGUCUUCCUCGCUUGCUCUUUGACGUCGCGCUCCAAGAGCCCAGGAAUAAUCCGGCUCAAGAAGGACAUUGCUUUCGCUAUCCUGAGGACUGUGACCUGGGGUGGAAGACCUACGGCUGGAAUUCGGUGAAGGCUCUAGGCAGCCUCUCUCCUUCCGAUGGAGUUUCAUGGCUCUCUCAUGCUGCGUAAGGCGCGAAACCCUCUUCAAGGCCAAGGACCAGGUGAGUGGAAGGACAAAAUCUCAUUGGAUGUGCCUGGGCGCACCCCAUCGUUCUUCCGGAAUGGUUUCUCGAGAAACCCGACUGCCUGACUGCCUAUUACUUCAGGUGAGUGCACAGUAAGAUAUUUUGAGCUGACUAGAGGCGCCGGAAAUGGCACGGAAGGGCUCUAGGCGUGGAGCAAUUGGAACUACGACCGAAGGUAUGGUAGGUAGCUAAAAAAGGACAUCGGCAAUGUGGGUAAUGGUGAAGGACUUCUGGUGUUGGAAGCGAGCGUGACGACGGGUGCAUUUCACAGCAUGGGCGGUAGCGAAGUGUCCCCCUGGGUCAACUUCUCGAUACGAAGCUGUCCAAGGCGGCUGAAGCGAACGCACAGAGCAUCGUCGACCGGGUCAGAUUGGCUAAAUCAUGCUGCAAGACAUACCAUAGCCGCUCCCAGUCACUCGAACAGCUCGGGUGUUGCGAAGACCCUACAGUACGGCACAUACCUUCAGUGAUUGGUGAAUGCACCACGCGGAUCUUGCUAGCAUACUGAGACCCGGCCUACGUCCGAUGGGAACAAUCGCGCCUCCAAGACAAUACCAGCGGAAAAUGCUGCCAACGGCCCACUGGGAACAACUAAAGUUUUCCGACGAAAUCUGUCGAGGCAGGAGGAUUGAACUGUCAAACGCCCGAAGGAGCGUGCCCAUGAACGACAAUCGGGUCAACCUGAUUGGACCAUGAAAUCAUUCACUCUGAGACGGGUCGCUUGGCCUUUCUCGGUAAAGGUUCUUUUGCAACCACUGAUCUCGGGGAUUGUGGCGCGCACUCACUCAGCAGCCGUCUGAGUGAGGUGAGGCAGAAGGCAAACGCCGCCCGUAGAUUGCCCCGUCCAGUCACUUGUUUAACAAGAAAGAGCGCCCAGGGUUGCGAAGCUGGAUGAUGCAAGACGAGUUGCUGUUUGCUGCCGCGCGCUCGUGGGUGUAAUAACUUUCAAUGUCAUGUCUGGCCAUUCAGCCUGCUGAUUUGCAUCCAAGGUGCAACAAAUCAAAGGAGGCCGAGGGCAGAUAGCGCCCAGCAUUGUGUCAUACUGAACAACAAACCCAGAGCAACCAGGAUGACCAGCUGGCCAGCGGCUUGACAGGGUAAUAGAUAAAUGGCAGCUGCCACACCCAAUUCUCACGGAGGACUUGGAUGUCCAGCUGCCAUAAUUCUACCCUGGCUCUUUCGUUCACCGACCUGCACACUCGCUCGCCAGUGAGAACCGAGAUGUUGCAUUAAAACAGCCCAAAGAGCACAACCUCAAGAACAACGCGCAGAGUCUGCAGGCAUCGAGUGGUCACAUCGUGCCACCUGGUUCGCCUAUCGAACGUCCUCUCGGCAAGCCGACCACCAGCUUGGCCAGGCAAACAAAGAACAACACACCUUCCGGGGGAAGCCUGACAGGAAGCCCAAAGCACCCUGUCUGCGUGGACGAGCUGGUCUGCAGUCUGCUCUACAAGUCACAUAUACCAACGCAGGGUGCGUGGUCGAAUCAACAGACAAAGAAGCGAACAGCUGGACAGCAGGCGAGGCGGGUGAAGACAGACAGCAGCCAAUCAGCGUGUGGCUAGCGAGGUGCCUGUCAGCGGUCCCGCCGCACCCACUGGCAACUGCCAACUGCGCCGGCCCCAUUUCGUGUCUUUGCCGCCGGCGGCAACAGAAAAGGAAACCAGCCAAUCACCGCACCUGUCAUCUGUCUCCCGCCUAUCUUGCCGUUUUAACACCUGCCCACCACAACGCAGCACUUGCAUCGAAGCAUUCCCUCAGCCUCCAACUCCUGGCCUCCAUCUUCGAUCCUCCUCUUGCCGCGACGGCCAGUACAACAAACUUUCCCUACCUACUUCCUCCUCUUCUCUGCCUUACACCUUUCCUGGCUCUGACAUCCAUCCAUCCACUCACCGCCCGCCGUCAAUCCAGCCCCCGGUCCUGCUCGAUCGUCCUCGUCAAUCAGUCGGGCGCCUCGACCCUCCACUCUGUUCACAGCACUACUUCGCUGGCCGAUUACUUUGUUCUCUACGCGCCAUCGUACUUCCAGUAAUAGCGCUCUGUUACCUUACCCUUCCCGACCAGCCGACUGCACCUGGUACAUGCACCGGUGACUGAGCUGGCCUCAUCCUGGUCAAGAUUGUUGUGCCAGUGCUCCGCGCGCUGUGUGCCCUCCCAGAAAUAGACCUUCCACCUCUCCCGCUGUCAGUUCCAUUCUCACGUCUCUCUCGCACGGAACGAUCCUCUCCUCCCUUCGCCGGUGUCUGCCAACGGCUCUUUCACCAUAUGUACCUUGGGCCGUUCAAUAUCAACCUUGAAGAUCGAUUCACUCGUUGUCGACCGUCAAGAUGCCUGCGGUGACCCGGCCAGUUCUCCCACCUCUUCAGACUCCCAAGACCGCGUCUUUCCCCUCUGAGAUCAUCAACACUCCAGUCUCGUGUAUAUCAGCGAUGAUCAAGCAAGAAGACGUGGGCACACCCAUCACUCCGCCAGUGGCCUAUACCGAGUUUCUCAAAGCCCUGACACCUGUCCUGGCAAGUCCGCCUGAGACGGGAGCUCUUCAAAGGUCUAUGUCAGACGAAUCCACUUGCACCAGAGAGUCGAUAGCGUCCACUGUCUCUACAACGUCGUCCACAGAAAACCUGAGCAAGACCGACAAUCAAAAACCUUCCCCCAGUUCCGUCCCACCUACGCCGUACAGCCGCAAGAAUCCCAGUGCGUUGAGGCGACUACGGAUACCCCAUUCUCCCGCCUUCUCCCCAAGCACAUGCGGACCUUCGCCACGCACUGCCAUCAGCGGCAUGAGCAGUGGGAGUAUGCUCUAUUCUCCGUUCUCGCCCGCCGAUUGGAACCUGGACAGCAGCACCCGGCGCUAUUUUGAUACUCCCAAAAGCGCGUGUCCGAAGCCGGUGAGUGUUCGAUCUGUGGUAACAAGAACGGUUACAUACAAAAGAUCACCUCCCUUGGAUCCAGCCCCGAAGGGCAAGAAGCGGAAAGUCGAGGACCCAGAAAUGCCGCCUCCGCCGACCACACGAGAUGCUGGCACAGUUGCGGUGGCUACUUUUCCCUCAACCUUGAUAGCAACGAGCUCGGCAGUCGAUGACCCAUCAUCGACUUUGCCGGCGCCGUCCCCUACGGCUGUUUCUCCUCCAACCGCAGUUGCAUGAGCACGGGUGUCAGAAGACAGCUCUUUCCAUGAUGCAUUGGAGGUCCGUUUGGGGCAUGUUAUGGGCUCUUAUUGUUUACGGACGUUACGACAUAAAUCAUGGCAUUUUUGUACAUGGUAUCAAGUAUUAUUUUUUGGCGACGGUGUUUGGCGAAUUGGAACAUGGACACCACGAUACAGGCAAGGCUCGAUCGGAAUUGAUUGAGAAAAAUUCAAUCUUGCAUUUACGGUGUCGUACGAUGACAGGAUGGAGGGCAUGACGAAUUGUUUUGGGCGCAUUCAUGCGCUUCAAGUUUUUGCUGUUGUCAGGGAUUACUGGUGAUCCAGAGGACUGCCGAAUGCCUUUACCAACGCAGUUGGGAUCCUCCAGCCGGUGAUCAACUCGGGGAGGAGAAGAGAGGUUGAUCUAAUCAAAGAUCUGUGACAAUUUACCGAGUUGGGUCUUUACCUGUUAGGUCUGGAACCUGCAAAGACCAGCAUUAGGUAUGUAGGACAAGUUGGAGCCAGGGGUCGGUCGACUACAAACAAGUACUAGCAACCUCCUUGGCGUGAAAAAUGAUGGAGGUAUGUUGACGAUGUAGCUCGUCCGCAGUCAUCACGCGCUGAGGUACAUUAGUUCUAUAACCGAAGUUGAAGGAGAGAGUCCUAGCAGCUGGGGCUCUCGUGGUGCCUACGUACUUUCCAAUUGCCAGGUGCCGGUAUCUUGAAGUGGCAUGGCUCGCCCCCCUCGUCCCAAUGCUGACUCUUUUUGCCCUCGUGGGACAACGCACAGGUGCAGGAUCAGCAGCGCUACGACGCAAGUU